AUGUGGGCUUGUCUUAACAAGACAUGUCCUUGCCUUCCUAUUCGAGGAGAUUCAAAACCUCCAUUUAGUCACUACUCUUAUGACGAUGAUGAUAACUUCGAGUUCGAAAGCUUGUUAGCAGGGCAAGAUUCAGAAUCUAUUGGUGCAUUUCUUACACGUGCACCAUUUGCUAAUUCACAAGGUUAUCGAAGAGUAACCAAUAUGGUAACACCUAAUGAAGAAGCCUCUGCUUCAACAGGACGUGUUAGUAAUUUAUUGGACGACGAAGAUAAUUUACAAACUCAGGAUGCACAGUUUUUACCUGAUGAACAAAUUAGUAAAUUCACGGAAUUAAUUAGUGGACAGGUAAAAGACGAUCAAGGGAUUGAUGAGCAGCUAAUCGCAGAAGAAGAGGAAGCAAGACGUUUAGAGGAGGAAGAUAUUAUAAGAAAACGUCAGGCAGCCACAGAAGCAGCGCUUGCUAAAGGCUUGAUAACACCGGAUCAAGCUGCAGCCAAUAAUAAAGAUGCUUUUUUCACCAUUGAUGAUGACGACGAUGGGGAUGAUGGACAAAUAACCGAUUCAUCUAGAACUAUAUACUCUAUGAAUGAAUCUAUUGACGAAGAACAAAAUAUUUCACUAAAUAAACCUCGUAAUCCACAUGAGAGGUUUAUAGCAAGCGAAAUACAUGAAGAAGAUUAUGAUGAAGUAACGGAUUUUGAAGAAGAUUUGUGA